CCGGAAGAGAUGGCGGCGACCGAGAAGAUGAUGGAGAUUCAGACGUCCAUGCGGGCCAAGGCUGCGCAUACGCAAGACUUUAUGCGGGAGUUGUCUUCGUUCCAGGCGGAUAUCUCACGACGUGACGAGCAGCUCAAGGCCCAAAAGGCUGUGCAGAAGAAGCUCCCGCCCAUUCGCGGAAGCAGCGACCAACCAGAUACCUCGGGCCCCCAGCCCACCCCCGCUGCUGGGAAUGAUCAAGCACACCCCACUCAAGCGCGGCAGGCUCGCCUCAAAUCAGGAGACUACCGUGCCUGGGAUCGAUUCGACGUGGACGCUGAGCUUCAGCGACUAGCAGAGGAGGAAGCCCAGAUGGAAACGCAACAAGCACAACGCGCAGCAGCCACACUCGAUCGCGCUACAAGCGGAUCCAAUGGAUCACGGGAUGGCGAAGAACAGCCCAUGAGCAUUAAUGACCUCCAGACGCACAUGGCCAACGUGGAAAAAGACAACGGUAAUGCACAAUUCAAGCAGGGCAAGUUUGCAGCAGCCAUCACCUGUUAUACCCGGGGACUCGAAGCCAAUCCCUACUCGGCAACCUUGCUUUCAAACCGCAGCAUGGCACACCUCAAACUUAAGCAGUACACAGAAGCCGAAGCUGAUGCCACGGAGGCACUUGCCCUGGAUCCUCACUAUCUAAAGGCUUGGUCGCGGCGUGCUACAGCGCGAGGCGAGCUGAAGCACUAUGCCGAGGCCAUCGCAGACUGGCAAAAGGUGUUGGAGCUCGACAGCAAAAAUGGGGUGGCCAAGAAGGAGAUUGCACGUCUUCGCGAUCCUGGUUCUCCAGCCACGAAAAAGACCGCGCCCCAGCAGUGGGUGCGCGUGGCCAUUGAAGAUAUUGGUGAGGCCCCUGUUUCAAGCACAGUUAGCGAAAAGCCGGUGCAAGCAUCAGCCCCUCCAGGUGCAAGCACCGACGGCAGGGUUGUGGAGGCAGGCGCAAGCGAGCCUCCUGCUAAAACGACAGCAUCCGCCAACGACACGCAGAGUCGCAAGGUACAGAUUGUUGAGGUGGACGAUGAUGUGGCCUUGGCGCCGACGGAGACGGCGGCUCAGCCCGUUCAGCCCCAAGCAGCGCCCCUUCCGUCCUCGCCUGCACCCGAGCCCACGGCUGCGCCCGAGCCUACGCCUGCGGCUACGGCGAUGCCAGUGUCCACACCUGCACCUGCAACGACACCGGUCUCUGUGCCCACGCCCUCACCCGUGGUCAGGGAAGCAUCGGCUGUCACUACUGGCCUGCCUAUGUUACCCACGACCAGCCUUGAAUUUCAUCGGUCGUGGCAUCAGAACACCGAGCCAAGUAAACGGGCUGCACUUCUUCAGCGGAUCGAUGCCAACGAGCUGCCGGGCCUAUUGGGAGCUACCUUUGAGCCGGAUGAUUUGAUUAGCAUUCUCCGAGUAUUAUACACAGAGUACUUGCCCCAGCGCCAGCCGAUCUUCCCGGUUUUGCGCAAACUGACCAAAGCCGACCGCUUUGACAUGAUGAUCAUGUUUCUUGAGUCAGAGGAGCGGGCAUGGAUCACCGAGCUGAUUGAAGCCGUGGCCGCCAAUACAUGCGGGGACCGCCCGUCGGAUAAGCUGGUGUCGGCCCUCCGAGCCAAAUUUCAAUGCACUGUCUAACAGUGGCGAAGCAUC